GUUACAGGCCCAUGCAUGUGUGGUUCUGACGGCGAGUUGUUCAUCCCUGGGUUUUUAGACAUCAUAUGCACAGAAGUGGCGCUAUGCUUGUUAAUAUCUUUAUAUUGUUUUGUAACUGAUGUUGUGAAUCUUUCGGGUGCUGUAUCAGGUUUCUUUAUCGGUACUGCUCUUCUAAAAGUAAACGUAUGCUAUUUCACAGCUCUGAUGCUUUGCCUACUGGGUGGAAGUAAAGUAGCUGGCUACAAAGCAGAGAAGAAAAUUCUUGUUUUUGGCAAAGAUUUAAGGAAGGGUCAGAAGCGACAUUGGAUUACAGUAUCAGCCAAUUUUUGCAUUGCAUCUUGUAUUGCCUUCCACAGUCUGCGAAAGACCAACACAAGUUCUGGUUUAGUAAUUGACAUGAGCGACUCUUCGUCAUGGUUCAACCUUGCAGUAUUGGGAAUCAUCUCCAGCAGCAGUGGAGAUUAUUGGUCUGCCAUGAUCGGCAGCGUCAGCCAAUCACAACCUAGAUUGAUAACCACGUGGCGCAAAGUGCCUCCAGGAACAAAUGGAGCUGUUAACCUGGCGGGGUUUAUUGCAAGUUUUGUUGGUGGUCUUGUCGUAGGCCUAGGCUACUACAUAGGGUUCAUUUCCCUCUCCACUCUGGCCUUGCAGGAGGCACCACCUCAGUGGCCAAUAAUAUUUGCUGGAGGCGUAGGGGGGUUUCUGGGUUCCUUCAUCGACUCUUACCUCGGGGCCCUGUUUGAGUAUUCUGCCUUGUCAGAGAAGGGUCAAGUUGUGGACAUGAAGCAAGAGCACUCAAACCAUAUAAGUGGUAUGGGAUUUCUGGAUGGGAAAAGUAUUACAAUGUUAGCAGGAGCUAUAAACGCUCUUCUCCUGCCUACUUUAUGCCAAAUAUUUUUACCCUAAUCCUAAAGAAACAACAGUAAUAAUUAACAGCGAGUAAAUAGAAAUUUCACUAUCAAACGUCCAAAAAUAUAAAUAAUAAUUGCAUGAGCAUCAAAAUUAAACUAAUAAACAUAAAGUUAUUGCAUACUGUUCAUGCCCACACUCAUUUAUUAUUAAUAUUAAAAAUGUAAUUAUACUUAAUGUGAUUGACUUCAGCAAAAAGUACUGAAUAAAAUAUG